UCUUAUAUUUGGCGUUACUGCUGAAAGAUAUGGCUGCAUACAUUGUAUUAGCCUGCUAACUCGACGUUUACGUUUGACAUAAGCUUAAUUCUUCGACCAACGUUUUGAAAUUGUAUGAUAACAAGCAAGUUAUAUCGCUUCUGUAGACACAAAAAAAUCGUUAACUAUGUUAACGACUUUCUGAGUUUUGUAAAUCACGUUAGCUACCAAGCUAUACAAAGGAGAAACCAGUUAGCCAGCUACUAGCCUAGUUAGUACUAGGUGGCUAGCUAGUUUAGCUCCUUACGAAGUGUUUUAUUGUUAUUUUGUUACCAGCUAGAUAAAAAAAACAUAGCUGGAUACAUUUGCUGGUGUUACAAAGAAAAAAGCGUCUAUCGAGCCUCAAUGCCCGAACAAGGCCCAAGGAUGAAUGGUUUUUCCCUCGGCGAACUAUGCUGGCUAUUCUGUUGCCCGCCCUGUCCCAGUCGCAUCGCAUCCAAACUAGCCUUUCUCCCUCCCGAACCCACGUACUCCGUACAUACCGAUGCUAACGGGACAAGUAGCCUGCAUCUAUCCGAGCGAGCAGACUGGCAGUACUCCCAACGCGAACUGGACGCUGUCGAGGUGUUCAACACCAGAACCAGUCGGGGAAACCGGCUGGGUUGCAUGUUUGUACGAUGCGCACCCAACAGCCGGUACACGUUGCUCUUUUCCCACGGUAACGCAGUGGACUUAGGCCAAAUGUGCAGUUUCUACAUCGGCCUCGGUUCGAGGAUAAACUGCAACGUCUUCUCGUAUGAUUAUUCGGGGUACGGUGUCAGCAGCGGGAAACCGUCAGAAAAGAACCUGUAUGCGGACAUCGAGGCUGCCUGGCAGGUGCUAAGGAACAAGUAUGGAGUGGCCCCAGAGAACAUCAUCCUGUAUGGCCAGAGCAUCGGCACGGUACCCACGGUGGAUCUGGCAGCGCGCUACGAGUGUGCCGCCGUCAUCCUGCACUCACCUCUUAUGUCCGGCCUGCGAGUGGCCUUCCCUGACACGCGCAAGACCUACUGCUUCGACGCCUUCCCCAGCAUCGACAAGGUGUCCAAGGUGGCGUCGCCGGUGCUGGUGAUCCACGGCACGGAGGAUGAGGUGAUCGACUUCUCGCACGGCCUGGCAAUGUACGAGCGCUGCCCGCGUGCUGUGGAGCCCCUGUGGGUGGAGGGCGCUGGGCACAACGACAUCGAGCUCUACGCCCAGUACUUGGAGCGACUCAAGCAGUUCAUCUCCAUCGAGCUGCCCACAUCCUGAUCUCCCUUGGCCUCCUCCACUAAAACCUAGCGGGGGGCUGCGUAUCAAGUCUAAAAUGGCUUCCUUUUUUCUUUCCUUGAUCUGUGCAGAGAGAAGUGAAUUGGUGGACAUUUGAUACCUGAAAUCCACCAUGUUGGUUUGUAUUGUUUAUCGGUGCAGAUGUUGGAGAGGAGGAAGUGUUGAGAUGCUUCCCCCAGGGCUUAACCAGGUCAGGCUGAGCUGAGCCAGGCCAAGGCAUCCCCGGCGCUCAUAUGUGGACAGGUCCCAGGUCUCUUUGCCAAGGAGAUAGGGCCCGCUCACUAUUUGCACUUGCUCUUCAAUCUGGAUCUCGAUUUGAUUCUCCUUCUCUCUGUCUCUCUCUCUGUCGGUGGGGAUGUGAUAAAUUCCCUCUGCGAUCUUGUUCUCUAUUUCAUCUGUUUCUCUCUUUUAUGCUCAUGAUUGAUUGACUUUGUAUUCUUUUCUACCUGAUGAAGAACAAUCUGUUUUGCACCUCAGAUACAUGAUUAAUGUUCUUGCUUGUUUGUGUUUGUUAAAAAUUGUUUUGUCUUUUUAUUUUUUUAUUUUAUUCAGGGUGAAUUCAAACGAAUGCACUUUUAUUGUGCAGAUAUUUUCAGGUAAUCAUACUGUAUGUUCUGAUGUAGGUUUUUUGUUAUCUUAUUGACAUUCCAUGUGUUUCACUACACAGAGAAACUCAUUCCCAUCUUGUUUUCAAGGCCAGUGUGUGACCGUGUGGUUGAAAAACAUCAUUACCCAGCUCACCCAUGGGUGUCUCACCUCUGUAACAGUGCUCUUGUUAACUGAAGGUAAUGUGGUAAGUAGGGCCAGGUGUUUUUCCUCAACUAGGGUUUUCCAGUGACGGACACCACCUGACCCUAAUGAUGACACUUGACCAUGUAUCAAAUAAAAACACACCUACAAUGUACUGUAAUUGAACCUGUGUCCCAGGACUGAAUCAGCCCCUGACCUCGCGGCCUGGAUUUGAACACCCCUAUGCGGAAUCCCAAAUCAACCCCUAGCCAGUACUGUCUCUAGACACACCUGAUCAGCCCCUAGCCAGUACUGUCUCUAGACACACCUGAUCUACCCCUAGCCAGUACUGUCUCUAGACACACCUGAUCAGCCCCUAGCCAGUACUGUCUCUAGACACACCUGAUCAGCCCCUAGCCAGUACUGUCUCUAGACACACCUGAUCAGCCCCUAGCCAGUACUGUCUCUAGACACACCUGAUCAGCCCCUAACCAGUACUGUCUCUAGACACACCUGAUCUACCCCUAGCCAGUACUGUCUCUAGACACACCUGAUCUACCCCUAGCCAGUACUGUCUCUAGACACACCUGAUCAGCCCCUAGCCAGUACUGUCUCUAGACACACCUGAUCAGCCCCUAGCCAGUACUGUCUCUAGACACACCUGAUCAGCCCCUAGCCAGUACUGUCUCUAGACACACCUGAUCAGCCCCUAACCAGUACUGUCUCUAGACACACCUGAUCUACCCCUAGCCAGUACUGUCUCUAGACACACCUGAUCUACCCUUAGCCAGUACUGUCUCUAGACACACCUGAUCUACCCCUAGCCAGUACUGUCUCUAGACACACCUGAUCAGCCCCUAGCCAGUACUGUCUCUAGACAACACCUGAUCUACCCCUAGCCAGUACUGUCUCUAGACACACCUGAUCUACCCCUAGCCAGUACUGUCUCUAGACACACCUGAUCAGCCCCUAACCAGUACUGUCUCUAGACACACCUGAUCUACCCCUAGCCAGUACUGUCUCUAGACACACCUGAUCUACCCCUAGCCAGUACUGUCUCUAGACACACCUGAUCAGCCCCUAGCCAGUACUGUCUCUAGACACACCUGAUCAGCCCCUAGCCAGUACUGUCUCUAGACACACCUGAUCUACCCCUAGCCAGUACUGUCUCUAGACACACCUGAUCUACCCCUAGCCAGUACUGUCUCUAGACACACCUGAUCAGCCCCUAGCCAGUACUGUCUCUAGACACACCUGAUCAGCCCCUAACCAGUACUGUCUCUAAACACACCUGAUCUACCCCUAGCCAGUACUGUCUCUAGACACACCUGAUCUACCCCUAGCCAGUACUGUCUCUAGACACACCUGAUCAGCCCCUAGCCAGUACUGUCUCUAGACACACCUGAUCUACCCCUAGCCAGUACUGUCUCUAGACACACCUGAUCAGCCCCUAGCCAGUACUGUCUCUAGACACACCUGAUCAGCCCCUAGCCAGUACUGUCUCUAGACACACCUGAUCUACCCCUAGCCAGUACUGUCUCUAGACACACCUGAUCUACCCCUAGCCAGUACUGUCUCUAGACACACCUGAUCUACCCCUAGCCAGUACUGUCUCUAGACACACCUGAUCUACCCCUAGCCAGUACUGUCUCUAGACACACCUGAUCUACCCCUAGCCAGUACUGUCUCUAGACACACCUGAUCAGCCCCUAGCCAGUACUGUCUCUAGACACACCUGAUCAGCCCCUAGCCAGUACUGUCUCUAGACACACCUGAUCAGCCCCUAGCCAGUACUGUCUCUAGACACACCUGAUCAGCCCCUAACCAGUACUGUCUCUAGACACACCUGAUCUACCCCUAGCCAGUACUGUCUCUAGACACACCUGAUCUACCCCUAGCCAGUACUGUCUCUAGACACACCUGAUCUACCCCUAGCCAGUACUGUCUCUAAACACACCUGAUCUACCCCUAGCCAGUACUGUCUCUAGACACACCUGAUCAGCCCCUAGCCAGUACUGUCUCUAGACACACCUGAUCUACCCCUAGCCAGUACUGUCUCUAGACACACCUGAUCUACCCCUAGCCAGUACUGUCUCUAGACACACCUGAUCUACCCUUAGCCAGUACUGUCUCUAGACACACCUGAUCUACCCCUAGCCAGUACUGUCUCUAGACACACCUGAUCUACCCCUAGCCAGUACUGUCUCUAGACACACCUGAUCUACCCCUAGCCAGUACUGUCUCUAGACACACCUGAUCAGCCCCUAGCCAGUACUGUCUCUAGACACACCUGAUCAGCCCCUAGCCAGUACUGUCUCUAGACACACCUGAUCAGCCCCUAGCCAGUACUGUCUCUAGACACACCUGAUCAGCCCCUAGCCAGUACUGUCUCUAGACACACCUGAUCUACCCCUAGCCAGUACUGUCUCUAGACACACCUGAUCAGCCCCUAGCCAGUACUGUCUCUAGACACACCUGAUCAGCCCCUAGCCAGUACUGUCUCUAGACACACCUGAUCAGCCCCUAACCAGUACUGUCUCUAGACACACCUGAUCUACCCCUAGCCAGUACUGUCUCUAGACACACCUGAUCUACCCCUAGCCAGUACUGUCUCUAGACACACCUGAUCUACCCCUAGCCAGUACUGUCUCUAGACACACCUGAUCUACCCCUAGCCAGUACUGUCUCUAGACACACCUGAUCAGCCCCUAGCCAGUACUGUCUCUAGACACACCUGAUCUACCCCUAGCCAGUACUGUCUCUAGACACACCUGAUCUACCCUUAGCCAGUACUGUCUCUAGACACACCUGAUCUACCCCUAGCCAGUACUGUCUCUAGACACACCUGAUCUACCCCUAGCCAGUACUGUCUCUAGACACACCUGAUCUACCCCUAGCCAGUACUGUCUCUAGACACCCGUGUAGAUCUGAAAGGAGCAGAUUUAAGCAGUAUUCAUGUUUUUCUGCCUUGCUGUUCGGAGGAUUUUUUACCAUAAUGCUAAGACCUAUCCAUUUAUUUCAGAUCUAGAGGUAUGUCUUGGGCGUAGGAGUUGAUUUGGCACCAGUGUACAUGUUUUUCUUCAGAAGUUUUCCGUGAAGCCAUUUUGUUCGUCUGUUCAGAAUUAAGAUUGAGUUUAAUGUAAAUGCUUUGGGUUGCUUUCCUUUCAUUUCAACACUACAAAUAAAGCCUUAAGUCUGUGGACAUUUCACCCUAACAUUCCUGUCGACUUGAGUUGGUGAGUCUCAUGGUCUGCAGGGGGACUGACUGCUGCUAUCGGUUCGUUUGGAGGAAUCUUCUCAAUCACUGUGAAAAUAUGUUUUGGGGUAAUACUGAUCAAAAGGUACUUCACCUAAUGCAAUCUCAAUGAGUCUUCACAUGUAGAUGAGAGAUUUUUGAGCCAUCUCACCACCAUUUGCAGAUUCUGGCUGUAUCCCUUUGGGGGUAAGGGGGAUUCCCCCCAACAGACCCUUUCCCUGAUCCCCAUCUCGUUUCACUCCAAAGAACUCUGCAAGUGUCACCAAGACUACGUUUUGGAAGAAACACUGCAUGCAAACAACUUUUCAUAAAGGACAUUUUGAGUGUAGCGAGUGAAGAAGCCAGAGGAAUCACUGGGUUGGAAGUAUUCUGCAAAUGUUCUCAGCUGUAAAAAAGAAGAGAGAAACACUACACUGCUCACGGAGUGUCCUUUUUGAAGGAGGAGGUAAAAUUGAAGGAUAUGUGCAUAGCAACUUGUGAUUAACGUUUUGACUGAACAGUGUAUUGCUGUGGGGUGAUGGCUGUAUUUUGCGGUCGUGGUUGGGUUUUCGUGUGAUGAAUAAAAGAUUCUAGUGUUUUCUCGUCAUAACUUACUAAGGGGCCUAUGUUUUGACACAACGAGCCCUUUAACUUAACAUCUAGUUUUUUCUGCUUGUCUUUUUAAAGAACGAAAAACUGCUUUAGUCCCAUUUAUUGUUUUGAUACUGACAUUUUUACAAUGUUAUUUUCCAGUAAAUGUUGAUAGAUUUACACUCUAAUGCUGGUUUGUCAGAACCAUAUGUAAUGUAUCUAUAUCCUCUAUACAUAAUAUAAAACAUUGAUUUAAGGGCUAUUCUAGCCUACUUGAGUUUAACACUGGAGUCACAGUAUGCAAAUCUAAUGCAUAAAAAAACUAGUGGGUACAGAGGUUUCUUAGUGUUAAACUCACAAAGAAAAAGCCUUAAAUGUGCCGUGCUACAGAUUGUCAUUCAUGUUGGCUGUGUUGCUUUCUGGCAACACAGUGGAUGUUUUAAUGCUUAAUGGAAUAAAGAAUGCAUGGAAUUACA